ACAAGGUGGACCAUGAGCAUCACAGACGUCCUUAGUGCUGAGGACAUUGCAGCUGCCCUGCAGGAAUGCCAAGACCCAGAUACUUUUGAACCCCAGAAAUUCUUCCAAACAUCAGGCCUGUCCAAGAUGUCAGCCAGCCAGGUGAAAGAUGUCUUCCGGUUCAUAGACAACGACCAGAGUGGAUUCCUGGAUGAAGAAGAGCUUAAGUUUUUCCUGCAGAAGUUUGAGAGCGGAGCCAGAGAGCUGACUGAGUCAGAAACCAAGUCGUUGAUGGCAGCUGCUGACAGCGAUGGAGAUGGAAAGAUUGGGGCUGAUGAAUUCCAGGAAAUGGUGCAUGCUUAA